CUUGCUCACACUAACCAUCUUUGACACCGCGCUCAUCAAUUGAUCACCACCUGGGCGGGCAUUCGCACUUUCCAUAGACCAGCGCUUGAAUCAACUCACACUACACGAUUCCACGGUCAUGGAACCGGACACAAUUGCUGCGCCUCCCUUGUGGCGAUGGUCACUGGGAUUUCUCGCAGUGGGCAUUUGCUGGGGAUUUACUACCCCUUUCAUGCGUCGCGCUGCUGUGAAACGAGAUCAACGACCAAAAUCAGACAGGCCUGAAACGUCCGACUCAAACACGAAUUGGCUGACAAGACAUCUGUGGACCAUUGGUUACGCGAUUUUUGACUUACUCAGCAAUCCCGGCUAUGCAAUCCCGUUUCUUCUCAACGUCACAGGAAGCAUCUGGUUCUUUCUGCUCAUUGGACAAGCUGAAUUGAGCCUUACGGUGCCGAUCACAAAUUCAUUGGCUUUCCUCUUCGUCGUCUUGGGCGAUUGGUGGGCGGAAUCGAAAACAAUAUCACUUGAUACGUGGUUCGGCAUUGCUCUCGUUCUCGGAGGCAUCACGCUUUGCAUUCAUGCCAAGAGCGAAUGAAGGCCUUGCGAGCGAAUUCCCAAUUUGUCGCAUUUGUGCUGAGUGAUGUCCGAGGCAUCAGACCUGUCCGAACAUAUGUCACGCCGGGAAUCGAACGAAUGAGAGCCAAUUGAGGCCGAGUGCUUAGCAUACAUUGCCGCAUCGCCGCGCACCGCAGACCAUCUCAUUUGGCAGUGGUCUAUUCGCUCCUCCAUACAGUAUUGAGGAGAAUUACGGAAUCCUCAUGCGAUGUCUCGGGGACGAGAGAUGCGCACCAUCUUUGCAGCGGACGCUUAUCAUGAUCAUUGCGAAAACAUCACUGUUCAGCUGAAUCCUAUCGUUACGU